AUAUGGGUAGUAUGGAGGAACGAGACACAGUGUAGGGUGUUAGAAAGCAAUGGUUUCUACGUCCAUGGUUUAAUUUAUGGGAGAAGGCCUUCUCAGUUUACAUUUGUCUAUGGAUCGAACGAGGUUGUGGAAAGACAACAAGUAUAUCUAGAGCUUAAAGAGAAGAUUGAUGCAACGAUUCCUUGGAUGGUGGCAGGGGAUUUUAAUGCAAUUGUAGAUGGAACUGAAUCUUCUAACUCAGGUGGAUUGGGGGAAAGUGCCCAACAAUUCAAAGCAUGGAUAGAUGAUAUGAAAUUGAUAGAUCACAAGGUAAUGGGGCCAUGGUUUACCUGGUCAAACAAAUAGUCAGCAAAUCCAAUAGCUAAACGAUUGGAUCGUGUACUAGUCUCAGAAGGUUGGUUGGAGGCUUUUCCUAGAAGCUCAGUCAAGAUUCUGCUCCCGGGUCUAUCAGAUCAUUGCAGUUUCCUCAUUUACUUGGAUUCACAUACCCAAACUUUGCCUCGUCCGUUUAAGUACUUUCAUUUCUGGAAACUGCAUCCUGAGUAUGACAAUCUAGUGAAGAAGGGCUAGCUUUGCCCUAUAAUUGGCUCGGCUAUGGCUAGAAUGUAUCAGCGCUUACGGAAUAUUAAAGCUCGGUUGAAAAGACUAAACAGGGAGUGCUACUCAGAAAUACAUGAAAAGGUGAAACAAGCAAAGGUUGAACUUGCAAAAGCUCAAUCAGAAGUGAUGGAGCGCCCUGCCUCGUCUUUCUUUCAGGCUGAACAGAGGUGUAUGGUCCAGCUUCUGGAGCUUCAGCGUGUUGAGGAGUCCUUCCUAAAACAAAAGUCAAGACAACAAUGGCUCAAUGGUAGGGAUUCCAAUUCUAGGUUCUUUCAUAGUGUUGUCAAAACAAGACAGUCCAAGAAUACAAUCAAGCAGUUGGUCACUGAUUUAGGAGAGGUUUUGGAAGAUAUAAAGGAGAUUGUUAGAGAGGCACUGCAGUUCUAUAAGAAUCUUUUGGGGACUCAGAACAUGCAGCUGAAAAGAGUUACAGUGGAAACCUUAAGGCAACUACUGAAACUGCACUUGGGGGAUGUUAGUGGAGACAUGUCUUCUUUGGUUACAGUAGGAGAAAUUAAGAAGGUAGUGAUGAGCAUGAAAAAGGGAAAGGCCCCAGAACCAGAUGGAUAUCCAGCAGAAUUCUUUCAAGAACACUGGGAUCUGAUAGGGGCAGAAUUCACCAAGCUAUUCAAGAUUUCUUUGCAACUGGCACCAUGAGAAGGGAAGUUAACUGCACCAUCCUUGCCCUCAUUCCUAAGGUACAAAAUGCAAACUCAAUGAAGAAUUUCAGACCGGUUUCCUGCUGCAAUUUUGUUUAUAAAUGCAUAUCUAAGAUCCUAGCUGACAGACUUAAGCUAGUUUUGCCUGAGAUAAUAAGCCCCAAUCAAUCGGCUUUCAUUAGAGGGCGUUUGAUAACUGAUAAUAUUGUUCUUGCGAACGAAAUGGUGAAAUGGUAUAAGAGAAAGAACAUCUCCCCCAGAUGUGCUCUCAAGAUAGAUAUAAUGAAAGCUUUUGAUAGUGUUGACUGGGAUUAUCUGUGUUGUGUUAUGCUUGCUAUGGGGAUCCCAGCAAAGUUUGUUAAUUGGGUGCAAGGUUGCUCGAAUCUACUAGUUUUACUGUGUGUAUUAAUGGAAGGCUUACAUGACAGUUUCAAGCAAAGAAAGGGCUGAGGCAGGGGUGCCCUUUAUCCCCAUACUUGUUUGCCCUUAGCAUGGAAGUGUUAAUCUGUAUGCUAAAUAGGACAGCAGAUCGAAAAAUCCUACCUUACCACCCUCAGUGCAGUCGUAUCAGUCUCACACACUUGUGUUUUGCUGACGACUUACUGAUUUUCAAAAAGGGGUUAGUAGAGGGAUUAACAAUUGUAGGUGAAAUUCUUCAGAAGUUCUAUCUAGUGUCAGGAUUAAAGUGUAAUCCGAGCAAAAGAGAAAUCUUCAGUGCAGGGGUUUCAGAGGGGUUAAAGGAAGAGUUAGUGAGGAAUUUAGGGUUCAAGGAAGGAUAUUUGCCAUUAAAUGCUAGCAAGCUUUCGUCAGAGGAUUGCAAAGUGUUGAUUGAAAAAAUUAUAUGAAGGAUACUUGGAUGGCAGCCAAAACUAUUAACCUACGCGGGGCAGCUAGAGCUGGUCGUAUUAGUGUGGGCCAGUAUGACCCAGUACUGGAUGAAUGUCAUAUUACUACCUAAGAAAGUUAUAGAAGAAAUUGAAAAGCUAUGUUCCUAGUUCCUUUGGAGUGAUUUUGAGAAGAAGAAGAUCGCAAAAGUACAAUGGUAGAUAGUUGCUUUGCCUCGUGCAGAAGGAGGUAUGGGGUUUAAAGACUUGUAUUCCUGGAACAAAGCAUGUUUGGACAGGCAAUUUUGGGUACUACUUUCUGAUCAGGAAACAAUAUGGAUUGCAUGGGUAAAGGAGUACAGGCUCUGUAAUCUGAGCAUCUGGGAAGUUAAAACAAAAGGGUCAUGGGUAUGAAAUAAGAUCCUCAAGUUGCGUGAUAGCUUUGAGGGGAAACUUUGUAAAACGAAUAGAAGAGUGGGAUGGGAGGGAGAAUUGAUGACAAGGUUCCAGACCGUCAUAUAUGGCAGAGUAUUAGACCUCGAAGAACUCCUGUGGUGUGGUCCAAACUGUUUUGGAAAGGAGGCAUUCCAAAGAGCUCAGUCAUUGCUUGGAUGAUUUUGUUGGGGAAGAUUAACACUCUGGAUAAGAUAAUCAGUUGGAAUCCAGAGGUUUGCAACACUUGCCCGCUGUGUCAACAGCUUCCUGAGACAAGAGAUCAUAUUUUCUUUCAGUGUGUGUAUGUACAGGAAGUGUGGAGGUCUUCUUUUCCAGCAUCUUGGCAGGUUCCUCUACCUGCUACCCUGCAACAGGCUGUUGAAUUUGCGAUUCAGAAACUACAGAAGAGCUUAGCUGGGAGAGUCUUAUGGUGUCUAGUGCUGAGCGAACUAUGGCCGGAGAGAUGUCGCAGGUUGUAUGGGGGUAAUCAGUUGGCAGCUGUAGGUUUGGUUGCUAAGGUGCAGGGAGUUACGAGAGCGAAGGCUGUUGGUGAUCCAAAAUUCGCUAAAUCCCUGGAUGUCCAGCAAUUGCGAUAGCAAGGAGGAUCUAAAGGUGGUAGAAGGAAGCUGUAGGAUUUGCCUCUUGUACUUUGGUUUACAGAUUGUAUAGAUAAAAAAAUUGUGCUUAG